ACACAGCACAGACGGGGCCUGGGGUGAAAAGUCAUAAAAAUGGCGCUGGCCGUGCGUCUUUUGCCCCGCUUUCUGCUCUCUCCGCCUCUGCCCAGCGGGGCCGCUCGACCCCUGACUCCCGGUGUAGCCGAGGUGGGGCCGCGGUUGGCUGGACUCUGCUGCUUCUGCCGCCGCCGCCUCGGCUCCGGAGCGGCCCCAUUUCCUCGCGUCACUUGGGCGUCGGCGCUGCUCGCUCGCGGCCCUCCGCGGCCCCUGCUCAGCCCUCCGGCACCCCGCGCCGCCCUCUCGGUCUUCCCUGUCUACCCUCGGCGCCGCUACAGCGCGGAGGAGCAGCCCCAGCCGCGCCAGAAAACCAAGAUGAUCAUUCUGGGCUUCUCCAACCCCAUCAACUGGGUUCGGACUCGAAUUUACGCCUUCCUAAUCUGGGCCUAUUUCGACCAAGAGUUCAGCAUCGCAGAGUUCUCGGAGGGAGCGAAGCAGGCUUUUGCUCAUGUGUCCAAGUUACUGUCACAGUGUAAAUUUGAUCUGUUGGAAGAACUUGUGGCCAAAGAGGUGCUCCAUGUAUUGAAGGAAAAGGUCACUUCACUACCUGACAACCAUAAAAAUGCCCUUGCUGCUGACAUAGAUGAAAUUGUAUACACAUCAACAGGAGACAUCUCCAUUUACUACGACGAGAAAGGAAGGAAGUUUGUUAACAUCCUGAUGUGCUUUUGGUAUCUAACCAGUGCCAACAUCCCCAGUGAAACUUUAAGUGGAGCCAGUGUGUUCCAGGUUAAGUUGGGGGAUCAGAACGUGGAAACUAAACAGCUUCUUAGUGCAAGCUAUGAAUUUCAGAGGGAGUUUACACAAGGAGUAAAGCCUGACUGGACCAUUGCACGGAUUGAACACUCAAAGUUACUAGAAUGAUCUUUCUUGGAAAAACCAGCUUACUGGACUUCUGGCAAUUACUAUGAAAAAUUAAGGAAAGAAAUUUUGGAUGAGUUGAUCUUCACUUAGUCAAGACUGUGGCUGACUUUUGUAUUAUUUUGAAAUAUUUCUUGUAGUAUAUCGGCAUGAUACAAUAGAGCAUUUUCCACAGAUGCCACGUUCUAUAAAAGAGAUCAAAGUAAAAAAUGUAUAACAGCC